AUGCCAUCAACACCAUUCUUCAUACCUGACACUUCACCGCUAUUCAACUAUACCCCCUCAAACUCGUGGUUGGGAGCAUAUAGAGCAAAAGGAGAUGGAUGGGAUCAGACUUUCCAUACAACCGCUUCGGGAGAUGCAGUGGUUUCUAUCAACGUUACUGCAUCAUCAAUAAGAUUCCAAACUUCUUCCUCUUCUUCCAUAUCGAUCGACGACAAAGAUGGAGAUGAAGAGUGCGAAGCGGAGUAUAGAAUCAAUGGAACGGAUUGGUCUGACGCAUGUCAGAAAGAUUCAGAUAAAUAUGUCAAGGAAGGUCUGCCUUGGGGUUUACAUAUGAUUGAGCUGAAAGGCAAGAAUGGCGGUGGUAUAGAAUUUAUGGGAUUGGAAGGCGAAUUACCUAUGUAUACUUCCGGACGCGCCAUAAAUCGAACCAUAGAUAACACAGACUCGAUAUUCAAUUAUACGAAUUCAGAUCAAUGGACACUUCUCUCUGCGGAUAAUGCGAAUGCGGCAUAUUCGAAUUUUACGUUGAAAACUAUGUAUGAAGGUGAAGGGUUGGGUGGGUUCUUUGGGGGUUCAAUGGCUGGGACGACUACACAGGCAGCUAAAGUGGAAUUGACCUUUCGGAGUGAAGCGAUUUACGUGUAUGGAUCAUCGGGACCUAACUCCGGUACAGCACAAAUAUCACUUGAUGGUCAGAUACAGCAGGAUAUCAGUAUAAAGAACGCCUGGGAAACCCAUGGUGCCUUGCUGUAUGUCGGAGGUGGAUUCAACCCUAACGUGUCUCAUACAUUGAGUUUCGUAAAUAACCAGCAAGGUGAACAAUUGGUCAUUGAUUAUGCUUUGUUGACUAUUCCCCAAGCGGAAGAGGAAUCCCAUGUACCCCUUAUAGCCGGUAUCUCUGGAGGAGUGUCCGCUCUCCUGAUACUGCUCGGAUUAUGUUGGCUGUUUAUGGUCCGACGAAACAAACGACGGACAAAAGCUGCCAAACUAGGUCAGCAAAACGUACAAUAUGCUUUUGCCAAUGGUAUAGGAAAAGAUGGACCUCUCAAUUCUGGAAAAUCAUUUUCAACAUCAACUCUCAACGACUGGAGAAGACCUCCUUCCUCAUUAUUAUCACCCAAUACUCCAGCUUCAGGUCAGUCUUUGAAUAAUACAGGUGAAUACAUUUGGGGGACAGGUAGACCAGCAGGAUUAGAUUUGUCCUCCACUAGAAGUCCCAAUACAUGUGCGCCUGGUAUUAACAAUUUGAACAGUCAUGGUGUACAACCACAUUCUCAACCUAUUCCACCACCUUUCAACUCUCCUCCUCCGGAUUAUCCAGAUUAUGUACCGUAUCAACCACCCGCAUCGGAAAGUACAGGUACAGGUACAGCAGUAUCAACUUCGGGUAAAUCAGCUUAUCGACCUGUCAAUCCUCGAUCUAACACUGCGCCAAACUUUUCAUCAUCCGCCUCACCAAAAUUAGCAGUCAUCAACCCCUCUACGCCUCUGACUGCUGGUGGGUGGGCUCAAAGUGCCAAUCGAGCUAUAUCGCCUUCGGGUAGUCUCGGUAAUAGAAAAUCACCUUUGAUCGAUCGGAUCAACCCUCUUGGCUCGGCACGGAAUAAACCUGAAUAUGAUGAUAUUGCUUUAGAUAAUCAUUACCCAAGGCACCAAAACCAAAACCAGAGGCCUAUAACGCCACCACCUAUACCAGCUGAAUACGGUGAUUAUACACCUACCACCGCUAAUACACCUUAUAGUAGAUAUACCACCUCGCCAUCGACGAUUACCCCUUCACCAUCAUCUUCUAUAGGAGUACAGAGGACAGCGACCAGGAGUUCGAUCAUGUCGAAUAUACCUAAAUUGACAUCGGUUAGAGAAGCCAUUUCGUCAAUAUAUAAUCGAACGAAUUCGACGGGAGCGGAUCCAACUUUGAGAUCACUCACAACAACCGGUGGGGAAAUUGGAUCUGGCUUAAAUACUAGUGGUCUACCUACUGAAUCAAGUGAUAAUACACUGAAAACAUCAAAGUACAUACAGCAACAAGCGGAAGAACAAGAAGCUUUGAGGAAAGGUCUGAGUGUCAAAUCGAACAAAACUACAGGAACGAUGAAAUCUUGGUUUUCGAAUUUAGUCUUUGCUCCAUCUACAUCGAACGGUGUAAAUGUUGGUAAUUUACCUUCAUUACCUUCUACACCUAUCUUACCUCAGGCUGCUGUUCGUCCAGAUUCGGGUAUCUUCCCUUUAGCUUUGAAUGGUUCAGAACAUUCUAUACCACUUAGAUCAGAAAGUGGGAAUGGUACACCGGUACCAAUGGUUCCUAGUACUGCCACGAGAAGUUUCUUUGGAGGUGUCAUUAGUUCACCAUCUACUUCUAAGACCCUUAAUGGAUCAUGGGGCAAUAUCACUCCAAAAUCAGAUGGUUCGACGCCUUUUAUAUAUACUAAUUCCACUGGUAAUGGUACUUUGCCUGGAGGUAAACCUAUACCGAGCAGGAGUACGACUGGAUCAUCGUCUGGAGGAGGGUAUGGAUAUGGAUAUUCAAAUACUGGAAAUGGGAUGGGGAACGAAAUGUUCAUAGAGUUGAAUCCGAAUAUCCCGAUUAUGGGUGAUAGUAGACCGGGAAGUGAGUGGACGAACGGCCCUAGAUUAUAUUGA